AUGGAACCACCUUGGAAAGGUGGUCGCAAGUAUAUGGAAGAUCGUGUUCAUAUAGAAACCAUCAGAGAUGAUGAUGGUUCUAUCAGGUUCACAUUCUUUGGGAUCUUCGAUGGACACGGUGGGCAUGAAGCCAGUGAAUACGUUAGGAGAAAUUUGCUCAACAAUAUAGUGUUGUUCGAUUCCGACGAUGAUGAUGAUAUAUUGGAAGCUAUAAGGUUAGGCUUUCUAACUACGCACCAUGGCAUCUGGAAAGUAAGUAUAUUUUUAGCGGAAUGGCCUCGUACAGCUUCUGGGUAUCCGAGUACAGCGGGCACCACAGUGAGUAUCGCUAUACUUAGAAACGGCAAGCUCUAUACCGGCCAUGUCGGUGACUCUGCGUAUCGUAAGGACAAUUCAGAAGAUCUGGUUCCUCAUAGACUAACCGUCGACCAUAAACCGGAAAGUGAAGACGAACAAGCUAGGAUUCGAGUCGCUGGCGGAUCGGUAGCGCUGAAAAGUGGAGUUGCUCGUGUGGUUUGGACGAGGCCAUUGAAACAUCAUAUUGGCCCAGUUAGGCGAAGCACACCUACUGAAAGUAUUCCAUUCCUUGCUGUUGCCCGAAGUCUAGGAGAUGUGUGGUCAUACUGCGAGGAUACCAAGGAGUUUGUAGUUUCUCCCGAACCUGAUCUAGCUGUUCAGGAACUGACU